AGGAGUGGCAGGCCACCGAAACGAGCGCGCACACCACAGCACGUCACUACUCACCAGCACCGAUCGCCGUGCCUUUUCAGCCAUGCUCUCCACGGCCCGCGCGGUGAGCGCGCCCGCUAGCGCCGCCCAGCAGCCCGGACGGAGGCCGGCGAGUAGCGUGAUCCUCCUCCCGCCGGCCGACGACGGCAGGCGUGCGCCGUGGCCGCGCUCUGUGGCAGCACGCGCCGCCGGCUCGUCCCACCCCGUUGGCUGCCUCGAGGCGCCCGCGCCGUGGACCGGCAUCGCGCCACGGCCACCGAGGACGCACGACAGCGCGCUGCAGCAGGCCGGGGCCAUGUCGUGCGCGGAGUGCGUGCGCCAGCUCGUGCUCAAGCAGGCGGCGCUCGCGGCCUCGACCGCGCCGAGGAAGGCGCGGCUUGCCGGCCGCGACGCCGGCGUUCUGGACGCGGCCUUCGACCGCUGCGGCGCGGUGUGCAAGGAGUACGCCAAGACGUUCUACCUGGCCACGCAGCUGAUGACGCCGGAGCGGAGGCGGGCGAUCUGGGCAAUAUACGUGUGGUGCCGGAGGACGGACGAGCUGGUGGACGGGCCGAACGCGGCGCACACGUCGGCGCUGGCGCUGGACCGGUGGGAGUCGCGCCUCGACGGCGUCUUCGCCGGCAGGCCCUACGACAUGCUGGACGCGGCGCUGGCCGACGCCGUGGCCGCCUUCCCGGCCGUCGACGAGCGGCCGUUCCGGGACAUGGUCCAGGGGAUGCGCAUGGACCUCGCCAAGUCCCGCUACGCCACCUUCGACGAGCUCUACCUCUACUGCUACCGCGUGGCCGGCACCGUCGGGCUCAUGACCGUCCCCGUCAUGGGCGUCUCCCCGGGCUCCCAGGCGGGCGUCGACACGGUGUACGCCGGCGCGGUCGCCCUCGGCGUCGCCAACCAGCUCACCAACAUCCUCCGGGACGUCGGCGAGGAUGCGAGGAGGGGCAGGAUCUACCUGCCGCAGGACGAGCUGGCCAUGGCCGGCAUCUCCGAGGCGGACAUCUUCGCCGGCCGUGUCACCGGCGAGUGGAGGAGCUUCAUGAAGGGCCAGAUCGCGAGGGCCAGGGACUACUUCCAGCAGGCCGAGCAAGGCGCGGCCGAGCUCAACCAGGAGAGCCGAUGGCCGGUGUGGGCGUCUCUGCUGCUGUACCGGCAGAUCCUGGACGAGAUCGAGGCCAACGGCUACGACAACUUCAGCAAGCGGGCCUACGUUCCCAAGGCCAAGAAGCUGGCGGCGCUGCCCAAAGCUUACCUAAGAUCACUCAUGCCUCCUCCUUCUUUGGACAGGCACCGUUAGUUAGUUAGCUUUGGUGUCUUGUGCUCUAGUGUCAGUGUAACAGUAACACUAUACAGAGAUCAGAGCCUCGUGGUAUAUAGCAGUGGUGUACACUGUACAGUACAGAGCUUGCGAGUACGUUUUUGCAGUGUACAAAGUGUUGAAGAUAAAUUAUGUGCUUGUUAGAAAAUGAUGCAGAGCAGAGUGAAAUGGAACA